GAGAAGAGAGGUGAAAACAAAAAACAAAAAACACAAGACACAAAAAUGAGUGAGAGACCUGACCAAAUCUAUCAGAGCUUAACUGUUUCUUCCUAGUUGCUAGAGCAAAGAGACCAUUCUCUUUUCAACUUUAGUUAAUAUAUAGUAUACUACUAGUAGUAUUUGGUUAAUUGGUCUUCUUCUUUUUUUUUUUCUGGCUUCGAUUACUUGAUUUAUUUUAGUUUAUAUAUUAAAAAAAUCAAAACUAUAUAUGCUUGGUUGAUCCUCCGUAGAUCUACAAGUCAAAAUCUCAACGCCCACAUCAUCCCUCUCCUCCUGAUUCCAUCUUGCAAGCAAAGCAGCUAUUGAGAUUGUGUUGCAAAGUUCUUAUGUUGUGCUGCGAAUAUAUUACUCGAAUGAGAUGAGGAGGGAUGCUAUCUGCCUUGAUGAACUUCCUCAAUGCCUGUCUCUGGCCACACUCCGAUUCAGCCUCAGAUUCUUGCGGCCGUCAAGAGGGGCUCUUGUGGUACAGAGACUCAGGUCAUCACGUCUUUGGUGACUUCUCCAUGGCUGUCGUCCAAGCCAACAGCUUGCUCGAGGACCAGAGCCAGCUCGAGUCUGGCCCUCUUAGCUCCCACCACCACUCUAGUGGUCCUUACGGCACCUUCCUUGGCGUCUACGAUGGCCACGGCGGCCCUGAGACUUCCCGCUUCAUCAAUGAUCAUAUCUUCCACCAUCUCAAGAGAUUUGCUGGGGAGCAACAGUGUAUGUCACAGGAAGUGAUAAAGAAAGCCUUCCAAGCGACUGAAGAAGGGUUCCUAUCCAUAGUCACCAACCAGUUCCAAACGAGGCCUCAGAUAGCCACCGUUGGCUCAUGCUGCCUCGUAUGCGUCAUCUGCGACGGGACGCUCUACGUGGCCAACGCUGGGGACUCGCGUGCCGUGCUGGGACAGGUCACGAAGGCAACGGGAGAUGUUCACGCCACUCAGCUCUCGGCCGAGCAUAACGCGUCUAUAGAGUCAGUGCGAAGGGAGCUUCAGGCCCUGCACCCGGACCAUCCGGAUAUAGUGGUUCAGAGGCAUAAUGUUUGGAGAGUAAAAGGAAUCAUUCAGGUUUCAAGAUCAAUUGGGGAUGUGUAUUUGAAACGGUCGGAGUUCAACAAGGAACCGCUGUACGCGAAGUUCAGGCUGAGGGCACCGUUCAGCAGGCCGUUGCUGAGUGCAGAGCCGUCGGUGACGGUGCAUAGGCUGGAGGAGGAGGACAAGUUUAUAAUAUGUGCGUCAGAUGGACUGUGGGAACAUAUGAGUAACCAAGAAGCAGUAGAGAUGGUGCAGAACCAUCCGCGUAACGGGAUAGCAAAGAGGCUGGUGAAAGUGGCGUUACAAGAAGCGGCAAAGAAGAGAGAGAUGAGAUACUCAGACCUGAAAAAGAUUGAGAGAGGGGUGCGAAGGCAUUUCCACGAUGACAUAACAGUGAUUGUUGUGUUCUUGGAUGCAAAGACUAGUGAGUUGAGAGGACCGGUGGUGUCGGUGAGAGGCGCGGGUGUUAACAUUCCUAAGAAAGCAUAGGCGCGCCUAGCACCACCAGGACUACUCAAGCUGCUGCUGCUUCUGAGUCCAACGUUCCAUGAUGCUCAAAGAGAAAGAUGUGCAGUGUGUAACUAAUGAAUGAAUUUAUUGUGAUUGAAUAUGAAGUUGGUAGUUUUGUUUCCUUUUGUUAGUUUGGGGUGGAUGACUGGAGAAAGAAAGAAAGAAAACAGAAUUAUUUAUUCCUUUUGA